UGUGCUUCAUUAUUUCCGUGUUGUGUAGCUGUCAGCAGAGCGAGGCGGAUCAUCAGAGACGAACCUGCUGAACAUCAUGCUGUGGGUUCACUUCAUUUACUGACUCCUCCAGGCUGCCGUAGAGUCACGUCUUUACUUCCUGUCUGAGCAGAAAAGAACCAAAGAAGAAGAAGAACAGAAGAUGAAGAACAAAAUCAGCAGCACUCAAGUGAGUGUAAAGAGACGGUCCUGGUCCUGGCAGCAGUACCUGAACGAACAGAAAGCUGACGCUGCUCCUCUUUCACUGUUUACACAGUCCCAGUCUUUUCCCAGUAGGAGAACUGGUUUUAAAGUUGGGAUGAAGCUGGAGGGCAUCGACCCGCUGCACCCCUCCAUGUUCUGUGUUCUGACGGUCGCCGAGGUGAUUGGCUGUCGGCUCCGUCUCCAUAUUGACGGGUACUCGGAGUGCUAUGACUUCUGGGUAAACGCUGACUCAGCAGACAUCAAACCGGCAGGCUGGUGUAAAGACCACAACCACAAGCUCCACCCACCCAAAGGUCACAGUGAGACAGAUUUUGAUUGGCCGCUCUACCUUCAGUCCACCGGCUCUCAUGCUGCUCCUCCGACCCUGUUCACCUGUCGCACCGCAAGCUGUGGGUUCAGUGUGGGGAUGAAGUUAGAGGCGGUCGACAGGAAGAACCCCGGUCUCGUCUGCGUCGCCUCUGUCACUGAUGUCAUCGAUGACCACUUCCUGGUUCACUUCGACAACUGGGACGACACGUACGACUACUGGUGUGACAGCAGCAGUCCGUACAUCCAUCCUGUGGGCUGGUGUGAAGAACAGGGACGACCUCUGACCGCUCCACAGGGUCAUCCCAACCCAGAGAACUUCCUGUGGGAGGAAUACCUGCAGGAAACUGGUUCCACCGCUGCUCCCAGUUCAGCCUUCACACUGAGAGCUCCACAUGGUUUCCAGGUGAACCAGAAACUGGAGGCGGUCGACAGAAGGAACCCGAUGUUGAUCCGUGUUGCCACGGUAACAGAUACAGAAGACUACAGGGUGAAGGUCCAUUAUGAUGGCUGGUCGCAGCAGUUUGACAACUGGUGUGAUGCCGACCUCUGUGACCUUCAUCCUGUCGGCUGGUGUCAACGCACAGGACACCCACUGGAACCCCCCCCAGGUCAGACAGACAAGUCAGAGAGAGAGAGACAGGUCAGACAGACAGGUUCCUCCCCCCUCUCCUCCCCCUCUCAGGGUGUGUGUCCCACUCCAGGCUGCAGAGGAGUCGGACACAUUAAAGGAGCCAAGUACACCGGACACCACAGUGCCUUCGGCUGUCCUUACUCAGACAUUAAUAUGCGUAAGGAGGUGGUGCUUCCUGAUAGACUGGGAGGAGAGAGAGUCAUCACCCUCGUCCCUGUCACCAUAUAUCACCAUGGCGACCAGUCAGACAGGAGAAAUAUUCAGGUGAAGCCGGAGCCCAGAGACGAGACUCUGCUGCUUCCUCUGGGGAAGAGAAAAAGACUGACAGACAGGCUGUCCCAGCCAACCAAAUUCCUCCGUGUUAACCAGGGAGAGGAGGAGCUUCACCUGAGAGCCCUCGGUCCAGCAGCAGCAGAGUCCAGUCUGCAGGCCGCUCUCCACCAGUCGGUCUUCCUGUCGGCCAUGUCGGCGCAGCCCGGCCGCGACCUGUCGCUCUGCUGGGAGCAGCACCGCAAACUGCUGCCGGGCGUCGCCGGAGUCCACGCUGAGACCGUCCAACACUGGAGCGUCCAGCAGGUGUCAGACUUCAUUGAGUCUCUUCCCGGCUGUGAGGAACAGGCCAAACAGUUCAGAGACGAGCAAAUCGAUGGUCGGGCCUUCCUCCUACUCACCCAACGGGACAUCGUCAGGAUCAUGUCAAUCAAACUUGGUCCCGCCCUCAAAAUCUACAACUCCAUCCUGAUGUUCAAACAUGCUGAGGACAGGAGCCAAUCACACGCCGAGGAAAGGAGCCAAUCACACGCUGAGGAAAGGAGCCAAUCACACGCCGAAGAAAGGAGCCAAUCACACGCCGAGGAAAGGAGCCAAUCACACGCUGAGGAAAGGAGCCAAUCACACGCCGAAGAAAGGAGCCAAUCACAUGCCGAGGAAAGGAGCCAAUCACAUGCCGAGGAAAGGAGCCAAUCACACGCCGAGGAAAGGAGCCAAUCACACGCUGAGGAUAAGAGCCAUUCACACGCCGAAGUCAAGAACCAAUCACAUGCCGAGGACAGGAACCAAUCACAUGCUCAGGACAGGAACCAAUCACACGUAGAGGACACCUGACACCUGCAACUCACGACUGAGCCAAUCCAGAAACACCAGAUUGAUGCCCCAACGUCAACAUUCAUUUUCCAUCCAAUCAUCAAUCAGAUUUAAAUUUCUGAUGUCACACUUCAGAAACACAUACUCUCAGGUGUUUCUGUCAGCAGGCAGGUGUCGGUCGUCUUACGUCAUAUUGUCUGUUCAAUGAAGAAAACGAGACAAUGUUGUUGUUCUGUCACGUCACCUGACGGGACAAAUGAGCUCCAUUUCAGACUCUGCCUCUUUGGAGGGGCGGGGCUUAAUGCAGGUGAGUCCUUCAGAGAACUAAAGACUGAAAGACUGGACUCACCAAAACCAGGACCAAAGGAUUCUGGAAUAUUGAGGCCUAAAGGACACACCUGCUGUGAUGAUGCGUUCAGACUGGACAGGUGGAAGGAAGGGGAGCCUGAAAUGGGACUCGUAAUGUUUCCUCGGUAACGUUAACGCCUGAAAUCAUCAAAACAAAAAGUCUUUUACAAUCUGGACAAAGUUUUACUGAAUUUUCCACAAAUAUUUUCUAAAAUCUCUUGGACGAAAACAUGGCUGCUGCCAGCUGAUUGGCUGAGACAUUAAAAAACACUAAAAACACAUUAUAGAAAAUUCAUAUCUAAUGUUUUAAGAUCAACUUUCUGUUCUAAAUUUCCUCAGUUAUAAACUGUUUAUUAAUAAUUCAGAGAGACGAUGUUUGUGUUUCCUACAUCUCUGGAUCUGUGUUUCUGAAAAUAUAUUUUAGUAAACAACUUUAUAUUUGUAACCUGGCUCUUAAUUCCUGUCAAUUAAACAACAGAAUCAGGUAAAGAAAGGAGAAACCAAAAUGAAAUAUGAACAAAAAGCAAAUGAAUAAAAUGUUAAUAAAAGCAAAUUAUAGAGCCUUUUGUGCAGAACGUAUGUAUAGAGGCACACUGCAUUCACUAAAGAAAAACACAGUUCUUAUAAACUGAAAUAGUGAGAGGUCCAAUAAUAAUGUAAAAACACAAAACUGUGAGGAAAGAUUUUAUAAUUGUGAGAAAAAAAUCUCAUCAUUACAAGAAAAUCUCUAAAUUCUGAUAAAAAGUCGUAAAAGUUUCGUAAUUACCUGAAAAGGUUCUGUAAUUGUGAUAAAAGUCUCUUAAUUAUGCAAAAAAUGUCUCAUAUUUACAAGAAAAAUUCUUAUAAUCAUGAUAAAGUCUUGUAAUUACGAAAAAGGUUCUUCAUUAUGCAAAAAGGUCUAAUUGUGUCAUAAUUACAGGCUUAUGAUUAAUUAUAUUAAGUCAUAAUUAAAAGAUUAGAUCCCAUAAUAAUAGAAAAGCAUCUUAUAAUCACAAGAUAAGAUAUCUCUGCUCUUCUGUUCGUCAUCUAUCAUAUUAAAGUUUCAGCUUGUUUUUUUAUCGGUGUAAGGGCUCAUGAAUAAAAACUGCACAGGUUUGUAACAGGAAAUAGUCGAUGACAUCACACUGUGGCCCCGCCCCCACUGUAAUGACUCUUUAAAGACAGAAAAAUCUGAUGUAAUUUCCACCUCAAGUACUGUCUUUGUUCCUCUCAGGAUUUUACGUUUUUUUGUUUGUUUGAUGGAGGUUCGUCACUUCCUGACAGGUGGAAACAGUUUUUAACAUUGAAUAGUGACGUCAUCCAAAAGUCCCGCCUACUCUGCUGUGAUUGGUCAGUUUGUGAAAGGAGUGAUUUUUACAGCAGCACAGGAAAAGUCAGCGACAUCAGCUUUCUGAAACGUUUGUGAAAUCGUUAAAAUGAUUUUAAAUAACUCUCCUGGUGCACAGACGUCUUUAUUGAGCUCAGUCUUAAUUCCAGAGUUUAUAUUUCUAAUUUUAUUCUCUAUAGUGUUAUGAAGAGUAUCUAUUGUUCUGUUUUAAAGUUUAUAUAGAGUAUAUAUUUGUAUUUCUGUGUUUCUCUGCCUCAGUCAGCCCUGCUGGGAUUCAAACUGACAACCUAUCAGGAGGUUCACUCUGACUCCUCCUCCCCGGUGAUGUCACUGUGAUGUAACAGUGGGCCUCUAUUUGUUGCUGAUAAUAAAGGUGAAGGAGCUGAACUCAGACCAGCGUUCCUCCCGGCCUGCAGGGGCGCUCUGCUGCACACGCUCAGUUUGAUACAGUUUCUAUACAACAAACAGUUCCUCAGGUUUCCAUGGUAACAGCUCUUGAAAACGUCCAGGUUGUUUUAAUGUUUCCAACAAUCUGCUGAUGUUUAUAUUCAGUUUUUUUCUUUGCUGUUUCUGUCAGUGUUUGAUGAGAUUAAUAAAGUUUCUGAUCUGA